UCGAUGUUUUGCCAGCCCUAACAGCACCGCUGAGUGACGUGUAAGCGCAGCCAGAAAACCAUUUCAAUUGUUUUUACCAUCUAUUUAACCGAGAGUUCUGCAAUAAUGGGUUCGUUCCGCCGCGACAAAGACGAGGAGGAGGACGCAGGACCAAGCAAUGCGUACCAGAAUCUGGAGAAAACUUCGGUGCUCCAGGAGACACGCACCUUCAAUGAGACGCCGGUGAACGCGAGGAAGUGCAUCCACAUCCUGACCAAGAUCCUGUACCUGAUUAACCAGGGCGAGCAGCUGGUGCCGCGCGAGGCCACCGAUUGCUUCUUUGCGAUGACCAAGCUCUUCCAGUCCAAGGAUGUGGUGUUGCGGCGCAUGGUCUACCUGGGUAUCAAGGAGCUGAGCUCCAUUGCCGAGGACGUGAUCAUCGUGACCAGCUCGCUGACGAAGGACAUGACCGGCAAGGAGGAUCUAUACCGGGCCGCCGCCAUUCGAGCCCUGUGCAGCAUUACGGACAGCACCAUGUUGCAGGCCGUGGAGCGGUACAUGAAGCAGUGCAUCGUGGACAAGAAUGCGGCGGUUUCGUGCGCCGCCCUGGUCAGCUCCCUUAGAUUGGCCAGCACCGCCGGCGACGUGGUCAAGCGGUGGGCCAACGAGGCCCAGGAAGCCCUGAACAGCGACAACAUCAUGGUGCAGUACCACGCCCUGGGAUUGCUCUACCACAUCCGAAAGUCGGACCGCCUGGCUGUCUCGAAGUUGGUCAACAAGCUGACAAGGGGUUCGCUAAAGAGUCCUUACGCCGUAUGCAUGCUGAUCCGCAUCGCCUGUAAGCUGAUCGAGGAGGAGGACAUUCCCUCAGAGGAGCUUUCCGACUCGCCGCUGUUCACGUUCAUCGAGUCCUGUUUGCGGCACAAAAGCGAAAUGGUCAUCUACGAGGCUGCCCAUGCCAUUGUCAACCUAAAGAACACCAAUCCCCGGAUGCUGUCACCGGCCUUCUCCAUCCUCCAGCUGUUCUGCAGCUCACCGAAGGCCACACUGCGUUUUGCGGCAGUGCGCACGCUUAAUAAGGUGGCCAUGACGCACCCGGCGGCGGUGACUACCUGCAAUCUGGACCUGGAGGGCCUCAUAACGGACUCCAAUCGGUCGGUGGCCACGCUGGCCAUCACCACACUGCUGAAAACGGGAGCCGAGUCCUCGGUGGAACGCCUGAUGAAGCAGAUCUCCACGUUUGUGGCCGAGAUUUCCGACGAGUUCAAAGUGGUGGUGGUGCAGGCCAUUUGCGCCCUGUGCACCAAGUAUCCCCGGAAGCACACCGUGCUGAUGAACUUCCUUAGCGGAAUGCUGCGCGAAGAGGGCGGCCUGGAGUACAAGACCUCCAUUGUGGACACCAUAAUCACGAUAAUCGAGGAGAAUGUUGAUGCCAAGGAGUCCGGUUUGUCCCAUCUGUGCGAGUUCAUCGAGGACUGCGAGCACGUUUCGCUGGCGGUGAGGAUUCUCCACCUCCUGGGCAAGGAGGGACCCUUUGCAGCCACGCCUUCCAAGUACAUAAGGUUCAUCUAUAACCGCGUGAUCCUGGAGAGCCCGAUUGUACGAGCUGCCGCUGUGACUGCGAUGGCCCAGUUUGGAGCCUCUUGUCCGGCUCUGCUGAGCAAUAUACUGGUCCUGCUGGGUCGCUGCCAGAUGGAUCCGGAUGACGAGGUGAGGGACAGGGCCACCUACUACCUGAGCAUCCUGAAUUCGGAACGGCCGGAGCUGUACAAGAACUACAUUAUCGAGCGGGAGAACUGCUCUCUGGCUCUGCUGGAGAAGUCGCUGGUCGACCAUCUGAAUGGCGAUCUGGAGACACGCUUCGACAUUUCCAUUGUGCCCAAGGCGGCCAUCGUGAAGCCAGUGAUUGCCAACGAUGUGAUGCUGGUCACCAGCAGCACUCCGCGGCCACCAAAGAUUACGCGCGAGGAGGAGAGCGCCGCCCGUUUGGCCCAGUUGCCAGGCAUCCAAGUGCUCGGUCCCAUCCACCGCAGCACCGCUCCCAUCCAGCUGACCGAAAGCGAAACGGAGUACACGGUGCAGUGCAUCAAACACAUCUUCGGCCAGCAUGUGGUCUUCCAGUUUGACUGUUUGAACACGCUGUCCGAUCAAUUCCUGGAGAAUGUGCGUGUGGAGCUGACACUGCCGGAUGGUUUCACGGCCAGGGCAGUCAUUCCGUGUCCCAAGUUGCCCUACAACGAGUUACAGACCACAUUCGUCAUUGUGGAGUUCCCGGCCGAUGCAGCCAGUUCCAUAGCCACGUUUGGCGCCACUCUGCGCUUUGUGGUCAAGGACUGCGAUCCCAACACUGGCGAGCCAGAUUCGGAGGAGGGCUAUGACGACGAGUACAUGCUGGAGGAUCUGGAACUGACGAUGGCCGAUCAAAUACAGAAAACCAAGAAAAACAACUUCCAGGUGGCCUGGGAUGCGGCUGAUAGCGAAGAAUGGCUGCAAGCCGAGGACACCUUUGUGCUGUCGGCAGUGACCACCUUGCAGGAUGCGGUCAACACAAUAGUAAAGAUUCUGGGACUGGGGGCUGCAAAUCUCUCUGAAAAGGUACCUGAGGGCACGCACCUGCAUACGUUGCUCUGUUCAGGUACCUUUAGGGGCGGCGCUGAGGUUCUCGUCCGGGCCAAAUUGGCGCUUUCCGAGGGCGUCACGCUGAAUCUGACGGUACGCAGCACAGAUCAGGACGUGGCGGAGCUCAUAACGGCGGCCAUCGGAUAAGACAGCGAGCCAUGCAGGAAUCUUGUGUGGUUUCUGCGUGCUGUCAACAUAAUAUAAACUCCAUUACGAAGAAGAAAGCUACACUUAAUCAAAAAUAUGAUUUCUAGCAUUAAGUGACUGUCUCUUUAAUAAUUUUAAAAUCUGUGUCCACGAUUCGGCAAGUGCAACUAAGCAAUGUAACUGCCCGUUUGCAAAAAGCGAUGCAUCUUAUGUAUUGUACUUGUUUACUACGCCCCUAUUAGCCUGUGCAUCUAGCCUAAGUAUGAAAACAAAAUAUUAUAAAUAUAUGUAUAUGCAAUGAAA